AGGAGGGGAUGAAGACGUGGAGAUGCGGGGCCUGAUUGAGAAGGGCAACGAUGAAGAGAAUGAUGAUCGAGAAGAUGACACCGAGGACGGUUACGACGAGGUCAAGGAGGUACAGAAUAAGGCGAUGGAGGAGGAGCAGGAGCCGGUGGCAGUGCUGGAUGAAGUGGACGGCCAGAAGACAACCAUAAAGGAUUUGGUAGACGAGGCAGCGGUGGACAAGAAGGCGGUGACCAAGAAGUUGGACCAGGAAGAGGCUGACAAGGUGGUUGACACCGAUGCGCUGGUGGAGCAGGAGGACGUGAUGUUUGACAAGGGCGGCGAGGAGGCGGCAGUGGCCCCGGGAGCAGGCGGGGAAACGCACCACGGGGCGAGCGGCAAGGAGGCUGCGGACAGACCCGACGCUGCGGCCGAUCACGAGGAACCUGCAAAGAACAGCGGUGAGCUGGAGACCGAGAAAGUGGUGGGGCCAUUUGAACGCGAAGGCCUUUUGAGCGCGCCGAGUCACCGACGAGCGAGCGGCAGGAGCAAGGGCAAGGCCAGGAGGAGAAGUCGCAGCGCCGCACCGCAGAAGCAGCAGCAGCAGAAGCAGCAGCAGCAGCAGCAGCCCCCACGGCGUCCCCAUCGAGGAGAGUACCCUGCCUGUGACAGCGAGAGCCGCUGGGUGUCCGAUCGCGACACGGCCUUCGACAUCACCGGGAUGCGAGUCCGUGUACUGGGAGAGCUGUCCUUAAGUUCUUCUUCUGCAUCAUCAUCAUCAUCGUCGUCGUCGUCAUCCCAACCGUCUUCGACGUCGGUCAAGCAGUAUUUCUACGAGACGCGCUGCAAGCCGGCGGCGGUGCCGGCGGCGGCGGCGGCCACCGGGAGUCGGAGCCGAGAGGCGCCCUCCAGGUUCGCCUCCGGAACGGGGACCGGCGCCGCGUGCCGGGGAGCCGACGAGCUCCGCUGGAGGUCGCAGUGCAAGACGACGCAGUCGUUCGUGCGCGCGCUCACCGAGGACGCGCGUGGCCGCCUGGCGUGGCGGUGGAUCCGGCUGGACACGGCGUGCGUGUGCACGCUCACGCGGCGCUACGGAGGCGCGUGA